AAACACUACAUCCCCCAUCAUGCAGCGCAAUUAAGCGUCGUUCUACUCUUCCUGGUAGCUCUAAGGAGAUAGCGGACGAGCGGUCGAAAAUUUACUGAUGUGUUUAUCUAAAAUCGUAGCAUAACUGUACAGCAACGUGCUACUGUGGAGUUUAGGAAACGAAAAUGAUCCGCUUUAUCCUCAUUCAGAACCGAGCAGGGAAGACACGACUGGCCAAAUGGUACAUGCAGUUUGAUGACGAUGAAAAACAGAAGUUGAUUGAGGAAGUGCAUGCUGUGGUAACUGUCAGGGAUGCCAAACACACUAACUUUGUGGAGUUCAGAAACUUCAAGAUCAUUUACCGGCGUUAUGCUGGUCUGUACUUCUGUAUUUGUGUGGACGUGACUGAUAACAACUUGGCAUACCUCGAGGGAAUCCACAAUUUCGUAGAGGUGCUGAACGAGUAUUUUCACAAUGUGUGCGAACUGGACCUUGUGUUCAACUUCUACAAGGUGUACACAGUGGUGGAUGAGAUGUUCCUUGCAGGAGAGAUCAGGGAGACCAGUCAGACCAAGGUUCUCAAGCAGCUUCUCAUGCUCCAGUCGCUGGAAUAGAAACCAGACAACCAUUCUUCCCUACCUGCCCACUUUUUUGCUGCCCUGGCACCUAAACCGACCUACUCCUCGUUCCUGUCCCUCUGGAAAGUACCCCCUAUUAUAUUCCUGCCUCUACAGAGCCAAUACUUACAGAACUUCAGGAGGGGGAGGGGGGAUUUAGAGAUAGAAAUACACAAUAUUGUUUACAUAUGGAUAUACAGUAUACAGUCCAGUUAAUUGCUUUGUCAUAGCAGUCUAUAUGUUCCAAUAUUCUCUAUUUGUUGUACUGCUAAUGAAGUCAACCAGCGUAAAGGCUGUACAUUUCAACAUGUUGACAUUUCACAUGCCGUCUGAGUUACAGUCAGUUUUAUAUUAUAUUCCCUUUUUCCCCAAAGCCAGAGGCUGCAGAAGUGAGUUACUUCAUGUAGUUAGUCAUUACAUUUAUAUCUCUGGAGUGUGGAAACACUGAUGUAGACCCACCAGUGUGACACUGCUCUCUCCUGCCCUCCUCUCCUCCCUUCAUUAACCUCAACAUUCAUUUAAUAGCACUACUGUAACUAACAAGCAUCAUGUACAAAGAGAGUCCGCCUAUAAUGAUCUAACAUGCACUUAGAAGUUAUAACAACCCUUGCGGCCAUUCCUGUAAACCCAUGUAAAGGAAAGACCACAGAUGUUGUGGUAUUUGAGUCACCAUGGCUACUCUACUGCGUUUUUCUAUCUGGAUCAUAGUACAAGUAAACUACAACUAGAAAGCCCUUUAGAGCAAUUGACCCUGCGCGGCAAGUUCAUAAUUGAACGGAGUGUACUCAGGAUGAGUGCCUUUUUGACGGUGUGUUAUGGCAACCUGUGCUGUGCCAGACGUCCUCACGGCUGAUGAUGAUAAACGCUGUAGGUUAUUUUAGCUCCGUUGGCUUCUGUAAUCAUUUUCAUGGCAUUUAAAAAACUCAUUAUAUUACAUGGUGCUUGUUGGUCACACUUAAAACACAAGGGCACUCAGACGGAAUAAGACCUGGGCACAGACAGUAUAUUUUACAUAAAGCAGUACUGUGAAGUUUGCUUCGUAUGUUGUGUACAUACAGUGUAUCUUGUACGUAUGUUGAAUAUUGUUAAAUUGACACAUUCAUUCCAGAAGAAAUGGUCCUUGCUCACUAUAUGGUCGGGGCAAUAUUUACAUGUUUAAGAUCCAGAAAUUCCCUUAGCAUUGCAUUAAGUAAAUUGGUUUUUAAAUUCCUCUGACAAGCCUCAUGAACUUCAACAAAAAAUCCACUUUUAUUAAUUUCCCUUUGCUGGAGUUAAAGGUUUAUGAAAUGACUUGUCAUACUCUAAUCUAACCAUAUCCAGUCACAAAAGUGGUCUCAAAUGUUACUGUUCAACUUUUGUAUUUUUUUUUUUUUAUAGGCAAUAGUGAAAUAUGUACUGCUUUCCCUCUUGUCCACCUGUGAGUUUGUUGAUGGAAGAUGUGUGUUUGUAUGUUUCACUGUCUCCAGUUCAACCACCCACAUCACUAUGUCCCAUUAUAUGUAAAUAAUAAACAGAUGAAGUGAUACAUGAA